AUGUCACACCGUCAUCACCAUCAUCAACACCAGCCGCACAACGCACCCCAGCGCAUCUAUGGCGAUGCAUCGCUCGUUGACGAUCGCCCGGAGCUGGACGAGCCGGCCGAGCUGACCGCGCUGUGCAAUCAGAUUCUGCGGUACUUGUCGGAUGUCCGAGAUCGGUUAUGCAACAGCUCAAAGAACGCAGCGUUUCAAGCGCUCGCUCUCGUUCCCAUCCGACGAGGAUUCCGCGACGACGUGUGUGGUUACACGGACAUUACCGUCACGACGUUUCGCCAAAUCGGCGACCAUCGCAAGGUCGCGCAAGAGCAAGUCGUGCACGGGCUGUACGUUUGCCUGACACGCCCGAGCGGGUCACCCGAGCACGGCGCAAAGAGCACUGCAGGUGUUGCCUACUCGAUGAAGACAAUCAUGGCAUGCUUCUUGCACGAACUAGCGCACUGCUUUGUGCCAGUGGAAAUGCUGCGGCAGCACGAACGAGGUCGCAAGGCAAAAGAGUUUGUCUGGGUCGACCAUCCCGAUGCCUUCUAUGACGGGUUUGCCGCUGUUCUGCAGGCUGCAGAGAAGCUGGGCAUCUUCUCGCUUGUUUCAGGACCACACAAGUUUAGCAAGAGGAACCUGCAGUUGCUCGAUGAUUUGGACUGCGAGCCAUCAGCGUUGAAGAUUGCUUCAGAGGAGGUCUCGAGCAAACACCUUCCCAGCUCAUCUGGAAGUGAAGACACGCUGGAGUGCGACAAUGCGGCAACUCUCGAACCAUCUGGAAGUGCGACCUCAGAGGCGGCCAGCUUCUCAAAGCGGCUGCCUGCCCUCGUCUUUCAGGUGCACAAUGGCUCCUGCGCACUCGACGCAAUGAUUGCACACUGCGAAACCCCUACUUUCCUUCAAGAGCACUAUGCAGCUGCCAGCAGUCACACUGCACACGCCAGCAUGUCUCAGCUCGUUUUAACGAUCGGCGACGGCCAGGGCAAAUCCAAGGUCAUGACGGUAACCCAGCCAUGCACAGUCCAAGACGUCCUGGACCUCGCCAUGCAGCGGCUCAACAUCCGACAAUCCAAAGCAUCAAAAUUGAAAAAGGCUUCGACGCAGCUGGUCACACAAGCCGGGCACGCUGUCACAGACAUGGAAGUAUUGCGACAAGCUGUCGUCUCUCGUACUCUGGUUGUUUUACGCGUGUCGCAUGAUUAGAUAUUGAUAAUUUAUUCGUAAACCAAGUCUCUCGGAGACCUCAG